GGUUUUAUCUCUCUCGGCCACAUUGCAGUAGUGUUCCGCUCUCCAUACUAAAUAGGAAACUGGACGUGAUGUGGAAUUAGAGCCUACCCAGCUGAAGCCACCCAACACUUACUACAAAUAUAGCCGCGAUGCGUAGGCCACAAAAUGGCUCCACUCACUUUUCCCAAUGAAAAGCAAAUGGACGAUGGACAGGCCGCCCGCCCCGCCGCCCCCCAGUGACCCCCGCGAUGCCCGCCCCGCCCGGCGGCACGACUCGGAAGCGGAGAGCACGAGCGAGCCCGAGAGCAGCCGCGGGGGCAUGGAGGCGCCGGCGGACCCCCAGCUACCUGUGCAGAGCGAAGGGGUCCGACAACAAACGAACGAGAACCGGUUCAGCUCUUCCGAGCGCCCCGGGCUCUCUCGGCUCUCCGACGAGUCCCAAAUUAGCGAAGGGGACAGCAGCGCUCUGACAGGGGCUGAGGCAGGGGGCUGUGGGGGCCGGACCCGCCUCGCCUCCCGGGCCUCCCGGGAAAGCUGCGCUGCGGACCGGCCCGGGGGAUGUGCGUGCCCGCCUGGGUGGAGCACAGAGUGGCGGGAACGGGCCGAUUUUGCCCUAAACCGCAAGUCUGGACUCCCCACGCCGCUCGCAUGCCCCUGCCCACGCAGGGCUGGCGUCUCUUGCUGCGUGUCCCCGGCUGGCCGCGUGCGGUGCCGCCGCACGACCUCGGCUCGGCUUCGUGAGCCGCGAGCUCGCUGCGCCGUCACGGAGCGGCUCCGCUUCCCGCCGGCCCCGGACGCAGCCCCCACCACGGGCAGGGCCGGGGGGAUGUCGGUCUGUCCUCACGGCCCCUCUGCCUUUCUUUGCAGCGGGUUUUUCGGCGAACCGGAUUCCUUCUCCAUGUACGGCAGCAACCGGGUGAAGCGGAGACCCUCUCCAUACGAGAUGGAAAUCACCGACGGUCCCCACACCAAGGUGGUCCGUCGCAUUUUCACCAACAGCCGGGAGAGGUGGAGGCAGCAGAACGUCAACGGGGCCUUCGCAGAGCUGCGCAAGCUCAUCCCCACCCACCCGCCCGACAAGAAACUCAGCAAGAACGAGAUCCUGCGCCUGGCCAUGAAGUACAUCAACUUCCUGGCCAAGCUGCUCAACGACCAGGAGGAGGAGGGAAACCAAAGGGGCAAAGCGAACAAAGACUCGGGGAUAGUCCAGGAAGACCUGCUGCAGGACAUGCUGUCGCCCAACUCGAGCUGCGGCAGCUCUCUGGACGGGGCGGCCAGCCCGGACAGCUUCACGGAGGAGCAGGAGCUGGAGGCGAAGCACGCGCGGGGCCUGCACCACGCCAUGCUGCCCGUGGAGGGCACGGCCCAGCGGUGAUGGCCCACGCUGCUCCCCGGGCGCCUCGGGCCCGCCUGGGCGGCUGCUGGAGCUCCUGCUGCUGGGCUUUGUGACUCUGCCUUCCCCCAGGCUCGGGCUGCCCGCUCUCCCCACCCCGGGCCGAGGACGAGACCGACCCAGAUGGACGUUCGGGGUUUAGGUACGUGACCGUACAAAGAAGAGAAGCGCUGGAGCCAUCUUCGUUGUACAGAACUGCUCGGGAUGGGACUCCGAGGAGGGGAAGGAGAGUGGCUGGCGCCUCUCCAGCCUUUAGAGGGUUUUCAGACCACUUGGUCUCUUUUCAAACAGUCGUCUGGGUGAGGCAUGGAACUCCUCUGGCGCUGCCCACGGCGGCCACCGGCGCUUUCCAGCUCCACGUGGUGAUGGAAGCUGCUGCAUCACUCCAGUGCUGCAGCACGCUGCAGCCUGUGGCACAUCCAGCUGGUCUGAGCAGGAGCUUGGCCACACAUUCCUGUUGUCCGAGAGCUUUUGACUGUAUCUUUUUAAAGACGUGAAAAAAUACCCUCAGCAAAAGAACUAUUAAAAGGAUUUAGACUAUUUCUUUUUCUCUCCUUUUUUCUUUCUUUCUUUCUUUUUUUUUUCCUUCCCUUUCUUCCUUUCUCUUCUAUCUUAUUUCAGAUUGUUUGGGCUUAUUGUAUUUAUGACAUGGGAUUGCUUCUGUUUAACACUGUCAUGCAGUAUCCACUGAAUGAAAAGGUACAUAGGUGUUUGAUGCCACCCUCCCAGUCCCUUAUCCUUCCUGCUGGUAAUACUCAGCAGCUGAAUUUCAAACCUGCUGUGGUCUCCUAGAAUUUUUCCAGUGGUUUCUGUGGAGCCAGAGCUUCUCUCAAGAAAGAUGAAUUUUAGAGUUGGUAAGGGAAGAAAAUAUUUGCUAGUGAAUUAUCUCUUUGGACUGGGAAAUUUUUAAACUCAAAAAAUC